GCCCCCGCCGCGGCCCCCCGGGGCGGCCGGGCGCGCGGCCGGCGGCGGGAGGCGCCGCCAUUUGGGGGCGGCGCCGCCAUUUGGGGGCGUCCCCGCGGGCCCGGCUGCCCCGCCCCGGCCCCUGCCGCCACCGCCUGCUCGGCCUCGCGCCGCCUCUGCCCUCGCCAGGCCCCCGGCGGCGGCGGCGGCCAAGGUUGAGCUCCUCGGCCCGCGUUGGCGGGGGCGGCGCUGCCCCCCGUCCGGCAAGGCCGCAGAUUUGACCAGAAGCUGGUGAUUGCUUUACAGACCAUCUUUCAGUGCAGACUAUUUACAGACUGUUGGAGGCCUGUGAAUCACAGACUGAGCAACACUCCUCUCCAGCAGAACUGUUUGAGCCCUCUAACUGAAAGGUCUUUACCGAAGAUGGGGGCUCUGCAUGAGCACAGGAAUCGGUUCUUGAGCUCUGGUGUAUUUACAGGAUCGAGAUCUGAGUUCACAGCAAUCCUGUCUGUGAGCACAAGUCAUUCCCCCCGCAGUCAAUGGCAAACAGGAAUGCUCAGAGCCGCCAAGAAAAGUGUGAAGAGGACGUCCCAAAGAGUUCCCCAUUUGACUUUGUUAUAAAACAGUUCAAAGGGAAGAAAUCCUCUCCUGGAAAAAGAAAAGAGCAGCCUUCAGCCGCCAGAAAAGUAUUUGGGGGCUUGGACUUUGUGAAAUCCGAAGUCAAGGACAGGAGGGAGACUGAAGAAACAGAAAUAAACAGAGCUGAUGAUCAGAAUGAGAAGGAAGAUCUCUCUACACAAGAUGGACCUUCACAUCUUAUUUCUGAAGCAGAGUCACCAUCUGGUAAGCAGAGAUUUAACCAGUUCAUGCAGAAGCUGGGAAAGAAACCCAACAGCAAGAAUCUGGAUCUAAAUAAUUGUGCUUUAAGUGAAACAGAUGUAACAGAGCUGGCUUCUUUACUGCCAUUUCUCCCAGAGCUGGAAGAGAUCAGCCUGUCCUGGAAUGGUGGCGUUGGAGGGUCUUUGAAAGCUCUCACUGUUCAGCUCCAUCAUGUGAACCUAUUAAAAGUUCUUCGACUUAACAACUGCAGGCUGACAGCUGAGGAUGUCACUUCCUUAGGAGAAGCAUUUGAAAUUGUUCCUCAGCUUGAAGAACUGGAUUUAUCAUGGAACAGUAACAUAGGUGGAAAACUAUCGCUCCUGACAAAAAAACUCCAGAAAGGUUGCAAGAUAAAAUUUCUGAAAAUUACAGAUUGUAACCUGACAGCAAAGGAUGGAGAAUCUCUUGCUCAAAUUCUAAACGUGAUCCCAAACCUUGAAGUGUUAGAUCUCUCUGUCAACAAACACAUUGGCUGCAGCAUGAAGAUUAUUGCUCAGGAUCUGAAAAAUGUGCCAGGCUUGAAAGAGUUAAACUUGCAUAUGUGUGGAUUAAAGCAAGACAGCCUCCAGGGCUUAGAUACUGCUUUACAGCACCUUGCAGAGCUAAGAAAAUUAGACGUAUCGUGUAACAGAGAGAUUGGUGGUGGCUUUAAAGACUCAACAGCUCAUUUGGCCAGCUUGAAAAAUCUUGAAGUCCUUGAUCUCCACCAGUGCUGUGUAACAGAAGAGGACAUGACUGUUCUGUCCCAGGUGAUCCCUUUACUCUCCAGUCUUCAAGAGCUGAAUUUAUCCUCGAAUAAAAACAUAGGAGUCUCAUCUGAGCCUCUUCUCAGCAGGCUCAGAUUUUUACCAAAGUUGAAGUCUGUGGCCAUCAGCAAUUGCUGUUUACGAGAAGAGUCCUUUUCAUCACUAGCUGAGGCUGCCCUUCACCUUCCUGAACUGGAGAUAUUAGACCUUUCUUGGAAUAAGUGCGUUGGUGGGAACCUAAAGCUGCUUUUGGAAGUGCUAAAGCUUGCAACGGAGAUUCAAGUGUUAAGACUGAGCAGCUGUAACUUGGUGGCUGAAGAUUUGGCACUUCUAAUGUUACUGACACAGGAUGGUCAUCUAGCCAGAUUACAGAAGCUGGACUUGAGUUAUAAUGACAACAUCUGUGAUGAAGGGUGGGCCGUUUUCUGUAAAGGCUUGGCAGUAUUCAAAGAACUGUCAGAGUUAGAUGUCAGUCUUCGCCCAUCAUCUUGCCGUGACUGUGGGAUGUGGUUCAGUGAGUUGUUAGCAGCACUGACAAAGCUGCCUGCAUUGGCAGAGCUGGGGAUGCAAAGAUGGGUCCUUUCAGAAUCGCAGCGGAAACAACUGGAAAGCUUUAACCAAGACAACAAAAGAAGCAUUCGUUUUGACUGUUGAUGGAGUUUGAAGGUUUCUGGAAGGCCUUUCGCAAGGAGCACGUAAACUAAGUAUUGUGUGUCUCUGACUUAGAAUACUGUCCCAUUUUUACUCAUCUCUUUUCUCGAGAGCUCUUGAAAUAGUUCCAAAAUUAUAUAAAACUGUUAUUUAACCUUCUGAA